AUGACUGCCGUUGCGGCUAUAUUAGACUUAAAGUCUUUUAACCUAAUCAAAACCUGGCCGGAGCUAGCCAACAAAACCGACGACGAAUUCGAUGAGUAUCUCGCUUGCUCUGGAGAGAAAAUCCAUGUCCGUCUUGUCACGAGUCGAGAAAAAUCUCUAAGCAAAAGAAUGCCUCUGGGAACUUUCUUUGAGGGAUUACGUGGAAGCCGUAAAAAGAUUUUUCUGUGUAGCUUCCUCUAUUUGAAUGGAAAGAUGGUGAUGAAAGAGUUGGCAGAAACUUUGGAAACUGAGGAAAAGACAGUAAUUCAGUGGUGCCAAUGGUUCAGGGAUAUCAUGGCGGAGAGUUUAUAUCAGCCCGCAAUUAUGAUCGGAGGUGUUGGAGAGACGGUUCAGAUCGAUGAAACAAACAUUGUCAAGAGAAAGUAUAAUGUGGGAAGGAUCGUUCGUAAUGGAUGGUUAAUAGGCGGUAUCCAGAAUAACACUCGUGCCGUUUUUAUCGAAAUCGUCGAUAAAAGAGAUCAAGCAACGUGUGAAAGAAUCAUUCAACAAUAUGUUGCUCCAGGCACAACAGUCAUCACUGACUGUUGGCGAGGAUACAACGGACUCGCGGCGCUAGGUUAUGAUCAUAAAACAGUGAACCAUUCUCAAAAUUUUGUGGACCCUGCCACUGGUCUCCAUACGCAGAGAGUUGAGUCGCUUUGGAGCCAUUUGAAGCGUAGAAUCAAGCCAAAGUGCGGCCUUAAAGGAGAUUUAUGGGAUGAUCACUGGUUUGAAGCUUUAUGGCACUUCAAGCACCACGAAGAGGCGAAGCUCUACGAGCUUUGGGCUGAGAUCGCUAGAAGAUAUCCACUCACUUAA